GUGUUCCAGAAGGAUGGGCCCCUGGUGCAUUUUGACACCUCAAACGAAGAUGAUUGCAACUGGAUGAUGAUGGUGCGACCAGCCACCGAAUAUGAGCAUCAAAACUUAACUGCCUUCCAGCAUGACAAUGAUAUUUACUUCACCACCUCCCGGGACAUCCCACCAGGAACUGAGCUGCGAGUGUGGUAUGCAGCUUUUUACGCCAAAAAAAUGGAAAAGCCAGUGCUGAAGCAGGUCACUAGUAUUGCCAAUGAUAUGUGCUUGGUAGUGAUGGAAUCUGAUAAAGAGGGGAAUAAAAUCUCUUCAAAACCUUUGUCUGCUGUCUUCCCCCAUAAAAAGACGAAGAAAUCCAGCCUACCAGCAGCUGAUCCAGCAGUGAACACUCCAGAAUGCAGUGGAGCUGCAGAAGCAGAGUCCAGCCAGUGGACAUGUAAAGUGUGUUCAUCUGCUUUCCAGGAGCCUCAGUUGCUGACAGAGCACUUGCUGAGUCACCUGGAACAAGCUAAAGGUGCCCCCCAAAGCAGCCAAAAUGAGGCUGUUGCAGAGAAAGCAGCAGAGGCUCGCCCUGUGGAUCAGCCAGUGAUUUGUGAUGCAGCCAGUGCCAGUAUAGACUCAAGGAGGAAGGCCAGGCGGGGAAGAAAGCCCAAAACAGCAAAAGCAGAAACACCUCUUGUCGUUGUUGAAGAGAAAGAUUCUGCAGCGGAACGCGUAGGUGACGUUGUAACUGAGGUCCCACCAGAAGAGGUAGCCCUGCCUUCAGCUGCAGAAGAGAGAAUUAUGGAAUUGGUUUUAGGAAAGAUGCCUAGCACCACAAAUAGCAUCAGUUCAGUGACAAAUAGGUUUGCUCAUCACCAAAACACCAUGUCCCUCAAAAGAAGUUUAAUUCUCUCCAGUAGACAUGGUAUACGGCGGAAGCUGAUAAAACAACUUGGGGAGCACAAGCGAGUCUAUCAAUGCAGUAUCUGCAGUAAGAUCUUCCAGAACAGCAGCAACCUCAGCAGGCACAUCCGUUCUCACGGUGACAAACUAUUUAAAUGUGAGGAAUGCGCAAAGCUGUUCAGCCGUAAAGAGAGCUUGAAGCAGCAUGUUUCAUACAAGCACAGCAGGAACGAAGUUGACAGUGAGUACAGAUACAAGUGCACCACGUGUGAAAAGGCCUUUCGGAUAGAGAGUGCAUUGGAAUUCCAUAACUGCAGGACAGAUGACAAGACAUUCCAGUGUGAGAUGUGUUUCAGAUUCUUUUCUACAAACAGUAAUCUUUCAAAACACAAGAAAAAGCAUGGGGAUAAGAAGUUUGCAUGUGAAAUCUGCAAUAAGAUGUUCUACCGGAAGGAUGUCAUGUUAGACCAUCAAAGACGACACUUGGAAGGGGUGAGGCGUGUGAAAAGAGAAGACUUUGAGCACAGCACGGAAAACAUGGUUCGCUACAAGAAGGAGCCUUCAGGAUGCCCCGUGUGCGGGAAGGUAUUUUCAUGUAGGAGCAAUAUGAACAAACACCUUUUAACACAUGGAGACAAGAAAUACACUUGUGAAAUCUGUGGACGUAAAUUUUUCAGGGUGGAUGUGUUGAGAGAUCAUAUUCAUGUCCAUUUUAAGGACAUAGCACUAAUGGAUGAUCACCAGAGAGAAGAGUUCAUUGGUAAAAUUGGAAUCUCAUCGGAGGAAAACGAUGACAACUCUGAUGGAAGUGCAGAUUCUGAGCCUCACAAGUAUAGCUGCAAAAGGUGCCAGUUGACUUUCGGCAGAGGGAAGGAGUACCUGAAGCAUAUAAUGGAUGUGCACAAGGAGAAGGGCUAUGGCUGUAGCAUUUGUAACCGACGUUUUGCCUUGAAGGCAACUUACCAUGCACACAUGGUCAUUCAUCGGGAGAACCUGCCUGAUCCUAACGUGCAGAAAUACAUCCACCCAUGUGAAAUCUGUGGAAGGAUUUUUAACAGUAUAGGAAAUCUGGAAAGACAUAAGCUUAUACAUACAGGUGUAAAAAGUCAUGCUUGUGAGCAAUGUGGCAAAUCAUUUGCUAGAAAAGACAUGUUAAAAGAACAUAUGCGGGUCCAUGAUAAUAUCCGAGAAUACUUGUGUGCAGAAUGUGGCAAAGGAAUGAAGACAAAACAUGCACUUCGUCACCACAUGAAACUUCACAAAGGGAUUAAAGAAUAUGAAUGCAAGGAAUGUCACCGAAAAUUUGCACAAAAAGUCAACAUGCUGAAGCAUUACAAAAGACACACGGGAAUCAAAGAUUUCAUGUGUGAGCUAUGUGGCAAGACGUUUAGUGAAAGAAACACAAUGGAGACUCAUAAGUUGAUUCAUACAGUAGGAAAACAGUGGACAUGUUCGGUCUGUGAUAAGAAAUAUGUCACUGAUUACAUGCUACAGAAGCACAUCCAGCUCACUCAUGAUAAGGUAGAAGCCCAGAGCUGUCAGCUGUGUGGGACAAAGGUUUCUACCAGAGCUUCCAUGAGUAGACAUAUGAGGCGUAAACAUCCAGAGAUUCUUUCGGUGAGGAUUGAUGAUUUAGAGCAGCUGCCAGAGACGACUACUAUUGAUGCCUCCUCGAUUGGGAUUGUUCAGCCGGAAUUAGCUUUGGAACAGGGAGAAUUACCAGAAGGGAAGCAGCAUAUGAAAGCUCCUAAACGUGGCCAGAAACGAAAACAAAAGUCAGGUGAGGAGGAGGAAGCUCAAGUGCCUGAGGACCCUGCCUUCAGUGAAUACACAGAGAAGGAAGGUGAAUUCACAGGGAAUGUUGGAGAUGAGACUAAUUCAGCUGUGCAGAGCAUCCAGCAGGUGGUAGUGACCCUUGGCGACCCAAAUGUCACAGCCCCUUCCAGUUCUGUCGGGCUGACAAAUAUCACUGUUACCCCCAUUACGACGGCAGCUGGAACCCAAUUCACAAACCUCCAGCCAGUGGCUGUGGGCCAUCUGACUGCACCUGAACGCCAGUUACAGCUGGACAACUCAAUUCUCACCGUGACGUUUGACACCGUCAGUGGUUCCGCCAUGCUGCACAACCGCCAAAAUGACAUUCAGAUCCAGCCGCAGCCAGAGGCAGCCAAUCCUCAGUCUGUGGCCCAUUUUAUAAACCUGACCACCUUGGUGAACUCCAUUGCUCCUCUAGGGAACCAGAUAACGGAACAGCAUCCUCUAACAUGGAGGUCAGUGCCUCAGACUGAUGUCUUGCAGCCCCAGGCACAGCCAACGCAACAGCAGUCAGGACAGCAACAGGUUCAAACAGAGCAACAACAACAGAUGUAUAGCUACUAAUUUAUACUUUGAAAAGUUUUGAAAUGGACAGUACUUAGAGACAAAAACACACAGACGUUUGGAAAAUUUCUAAUAGGAUUGUUUGCUGGAUACCAAACAGAGAUGGGGAAAUGUUUAUACAAUGAAAUGUAAGCUAAAAUUGGCAUAGCACCCUGCAACACCCUAAUCCUGAGAUUCUCAUGCUGUCUCUAGACCUUGCACUGU